GAUGAAUCCGUGGCUAUGAUUGGGUAGCUAUUUCCCUGCAGGAAAGUGUCUGCUGUCAACUUCGCUAUGCAGCAUGUUGCGGAGAUUGUCAGUGGUCGAGGCUCACUGAUUGUGACCGUGACCGGAGUGACAGUCUCGUCUCCCAACUAUCAUGUCCAUCUGCCAGAGCUGUCUGUCCAGCGCCAAAGUUACCACGGCCCAGCGUCUAUCUCAUGAUCCCAAUUUUUUUCGUCCUCAUAUCUACAUCUCUAAGCUGGAACCGAUGAAAGUCCUGUAGAGGCGAAUUGAGGGGAGCCCACAUACACAUCGAUCGGCACUUGAGGGCCGAGCGCCCAGUUUUGCUAUCGCACUCGGUUGGACUGACUUACAUUCCCUCGUACGUUCCAUCGGAUUUGGAUUGACGAACAAAUUUUCAUCUGUCAGGCGUCUGCCCGUAGGCAUAUGUGGCCAACAAGCCCACAACGUCGGUUUUGCUUCCUUCCUCCCACUCCUCCCUCCUCUGCUCCUCUCAGUGAAGCUUAGUGCAAGCUGCAUCGGCCAACUCUCUGACCAUGAUGCGCUUUGCCAGCGCCCCCUCCGCUCUUUCCUCUAUGUGGGCCUUACUCGGCAUGUUGUCCCUUAUCCUCUUCCCACUGGUCUCCGCGGGCUCCACGAACGUUACUAUCGACGAUAGCGCAGCGACGUACCUCCCUGCAUCUUCCGCGGGGAAGAAGUCAGUAUGGUUCAACCAGACGAGCUGCGCCGGGUGCGCGGACGUGCCCAACACGAGCGCGGCGUUUGACCAAACGUGGAGCGCUGCGCUGUACCUAAGCACGCUUGGAACCCCCGUCUCCGCUAGCAUCUCGUUCUCUGGCACGGCGGUGUACGUCUACUUCAUCGUGCCGAACUUCGCCGCUGGGUCCGGGCUGGCGAGCAGUGUGGACACGGUGUUCUUGCUUGAUGGGGUGCAGGUCGGGAGCUUCGCGCACCAGUCUGACGGGAGCGGGAACUUUGCGUACAAUACGCUGGUGUACCAAAACACCUCGGUGCCUGCGGGUGAUCACACGCUCCUUAUGCAGACGAGUGGCACGCAGCCUGCCAUCAUGAUCUUUGAUUAUGCACUGUCUACGAAGACGACACCUGAUGCCCUCACUCAAUCGUCGCCUCUGCCCGUGACGCAAGCGUCCUCUACUGCCUCGCAGCAGGAGCAACGCACACAAGCAGUCAUCCUAUCGCUGUCGUCGGUCACCACCACCACUACCACGACCGCCGAUGCUCAGCCGAGUGUGUUGACCACGUCUUCCGCGGAGCUUUCUACUAGCAGCACUUCUUCCUCGACUAGUUCCCUUCUUCAGUCGAGCACCUCCUCUGUGCCCGCAUUUUCCUCCGCACCACUCCCGAGCACCUCUGCACCAACCGCUGCCCCGCCUCCCUUCCUCAUCACUACCGGGUCGGGCACCCCCUCGGCCCUGCCCGAUGCGCCCAGCCCAAGUCCUUCGAGUGGAGGAAGCACUUUCCUGCAGGACCACCUGAGCGUCCUGAUCUCAGCUGCCAUCGGCGGGGUCGUGCUUCUCGUCUUCCUGCUCAUCUGUAUCCUGCUCUACCGGCGCAACGUCCGGCGCAAACGGGCAGGGCACUUCCGCGACACGCAUGACUUUGGGACGAUCUCGUCGUUCGACUUGAUUCCGGAGCAGAAGGACGGGCCGCCGAUGCGGCCUCGUCGAUCGGAUGAUGGCGACUUGGAGCCCAUCAACGCUGAAUACAUGUACACUCACAGCCCUAGCCCGAGUCUCAGCGGCAGGGCUUUGCCGAUUCCGCCGACGUCCUUGUCGUCGCCGUCACGACAGCAUCUGCUGCACUCCCCCGCGCCUUCGACGUCGUCCUACUCCUCUUCCUCUCUCGCUUCGCCUUCCCGCCGGCCCGUGCUGCCGCCAUCAGCGCCCUCUCCCGUCGUUGGGGGCCGCAGUGUCGCAGCCACGCAGACGAAGCCGGGCGAAUCCUCGAUUCCAUCUUCCUCGAAUUCCUCCCCCUCUGCUGGGCCCUCGAACACCUCAAACCCAGAUCUCCGCAUCCGCAUCCCCGCUGCGGCGUCACAGCUAGCGAUCCAAAACGGGACACCUUGCACGGCCACGGCGUACUCGCCCGUCACGCGGAACGGAGCAACUGUCCCUCGCAAGCAGGCCGAGUACAUCCGGGAUGUGCUCGCCCAUCCCUCGCGGUACUCGCCGGCUGAUUUCCCGAUGAGCCCUGACUCGGUGGACGACUCGCCCCUUGGGUCGACGCGCACCGCGGUGCCGGUCAGACAUCUGGACAGCGGCUUCAGGAUCGGCGAGAGUAUGUUGGAUCUCCCGCCUGAGUAUGCGCCGACUUGAGGUCUGCGACGUACUCCCCUGAUAUCAACACUAUACUACAUGCGUUUCUUAACUUAUCCCAUAUUGUUGUUCAUACCACUCUACCGUUCGCAAUCCCGCACUCACGAUCCCUGUGCAGCACCGGCCUGCCUCACGUUCUUUACUCGUACUUGCUGCGUUCUAGUACGGGCUCAAUGUAUUCGUACCGGCGAUGUUUCCAGAACAAAGGCUGCUCUUGAAUAAAACGCCAUCUCACUGGUUGACAUAAGCAUUCCGGUUCCGGCAUUGGUGCG